AUGCCAAAGUAUUACCUGCUACAGAAUUCUGUUGAAAGUAAUUCGAUAUAUCAAAUUAUUAUUCCAGAUGGCAGUGGUGGUGGUGGUGGCAGCAGCAGUAGUGGCAACGAACAACUGCCCACAUGGAAGACGUAUUUAUACCAAUUGCAAAAAGAAGCACCACACCCACGGAGGAUAAUUUCUCAACGAGAGAUUCCUAAUAAACCACACUACUAUGGAAAAGAGUAUCAUGGCAAUAUCAGCCGGGAAGAAACAGACCGAAUUAUGGGUGAUAGUGAUGGUGCUUAUCUUGUUCGGAAGAGCGAACGUGCCCCCGAUGCCUUUACUUUGGCCAUCAAAUUUGACGGGCAAACAAAAAAUUUCAAAUUAUAUUAUGAUGGACAGCAUUAUGUUGGUGAGAAACGAUUUGAUACGGUCCAUGACCUGGUUGCUGAUGGUCUGAUUACCUUUUAUCUGGAGUCGCGUGCACCUGACUACAUCGAAUCCAUGUCCAUUUCCAACUAUGCUGAGUCCCCUUAUCUUGCCUACAGUACGAAGAAAAAACGAUUGCAACGUUCGACAACGAGAUCAACCAACAAUCAAAAUAAACAGAGCCCUGAAAAUACGUCGACAGAAAACAACACGACGGAUGAACAGACAUCCCAAGAUCCAGAUGAUAUACCUGCUAAUGUUCAGGAAUAUGAAAAAGCACAUUGUUUCAAAGUGCAGAAUUUUAUAGGUCUCCAUUGGUGUGACUUCUGUGCCAACUUUAUGUGGGGAUUAAUUGCUCAAGGUGUCAAGUGCCAAGAUUGUGGGUUUGAAGCUCAUAAAAAAUGUUCUGAAAGAGUUCCAAAUGACUGCAUGCCGGACAUGAAGUACGUUAAACGACUCUUUGGUGCCGACCUAACAACUGUGGUAAAAGCCCAAAACACCCCCAUUCCAGUGGUUGUGGAGAAGUGCAUCAAAGAAAUUGAACACAGAGGUGUUGAUUUUGAAGGAAUGUAUCGAGUGGCAGGUUUCCAUGACGAUAUUGAAAUGGUACGAAUGGCAUUUGACAGAGAUGGUGAAAAUACAGACCUCAGUGAAGAUAAAUGGGAAGACAUUAACAUUUUGACCAGUGUCCUGAAAUUAUAUUUCCGAUUACUGCCUAUUCCACUUGUUUCUUUUGAAUCUUACCCAAAGUUACUUGAGGCUGUCCAAAAGCCAGGAUUAAAAGAAAAAGAAAAAUUGGUGUUAAUCAAAGAAGCUCUUCAUUUGCUGCAGCCAGCCCACUAUCAGACAUUGAAAUACCUAAUGGCACACUUAGGCAGAGUUGUCGAACAACAGAGCAAGAACAUGAUGAGUUCAGAGAAUCUUGCCAUUGUAUUUGCGCCAACACUGAUGAGGUCACCAGAUGCCACUGCAAGUUUGAUGGCAGUCAAGCUGGAGCAGACAGUCACAGAGCUUAUAGUGUCACACCAGAAAGAAUUGUUUUCACGUUUGACUACCCCUACAACUUUCUUUCAUAUGUUUCAAUCUCUUUCCAUUCUCCCUCCCUCUCUCUGA